CCUGCUCCCGGAUAUCCCUCCGCUCGACAUCUUCAUCGCCUUGCCGGACCAAACUACAUACCUUCCCUCCAGCAUUACGGUUGACUCUGGAUGCCUAGGCUAGCGCAACUCUGCGCAACGGACAUGCCCUUGCCAACCAGGGCAUCUCGCGGCACAUACUGUCGCGCGCUUGGUCGCCAAGGUGUCAAGGACCCGAGCAUCUUACAUUGGCACCGGGGUCUGCACUUUGAGUUCGAGCUCGUCUUUGAGCAGAUCGUCCCAGACUCGGCAGAUAUGCCCCUGAUAAUCGUGCUUAUCUACCCCUUGGAGAGGAAGACUUUACCACUGAGUACCCUCCACGAGCUCUGGUCUGGCCUUCCCUCGAACGGCUGGCCCGAUGCAGUCAACAUCUCGUCGCUACGCUUCGUGAGGCAGAUCGAUACCGUCUACCUUGCAGAAACCCCUGGUCCUGGCGGUAAAGAGUUGACAAUCUUCAUUGGCCAUCGGCUCCCUGGAUUGGCUGUGUCACGAGAGCUCCGUUUCCUCCUCACGUCCCGCCCCAUCCGCACGUCAUGCCGCAAACCCUUGGGCAUUGUUACCAAACGUAGUGCGUUCGGCAGCAAGCAGGGCAUCGUCGGUUUCCUGCUCCGCUACCUCCCUGCUGGUUCCAUCCGCGACAUCCUUCCCGCUAAACAACGAGCCGGUACCCUGUCGAACCGCGUUACUGUGCAAGUUGAAUUGGUGCCGGCAGGUCACAAGCGCAAUCAUCCCCGGUCGUCUCUCGAAUCCGUUUCAGACCGGCGGCCAGAUACCGUCUUGCUAGAUGGGGACCGGGGUGUGGUCCUCUUAUGCGACUUUGAGCAGUGCAACGCGGCAACUGGCAUGAGUGGUGUGCACCCGAGGUCUUGUUUCGGCAGUACGGAUACACUACACCGAGAACGUCCGUGCUGCCCUCCUGCCCUUCACCGAAUUGCCUUAUGAGGACCUCAGCGUCACAAUCGUGCGGCUCCUUGCUGGCUACACCCCUGUACCGAGGCUCACCGAAAGUCCUGUGCAGGCCAUGAACUGGCCGUGGUCCCUUCUAACACCUGCUGCACAGGACAAGGUCGCUGUGUACUCGUUGAAGGUGUUCAUCUCCACCGCUUCGAGGGUCUAAGUAAU